AUGGCAAGGUCGGGAGGUGGAUGGCCUCAAGAUGCACCGGGACAGCAAAGAACAAUGGAAUAUCAGUACUAUCAAAACCACCCGGCGUUUCGCAGCCAGCAGAACCAAGGGCCACAGAUCCCGCGACAGCACGAAACAGCACCACUCCCUCCCGCAACCAGUCUGUUCGCGUCAAGUGCGAGCAGCUCCUCUACUCCGGCCUUCUCAUCACCUCCCUCUUAUCACCAUCACCAUAGCCACCACUAUGUUCCUACUUCGCCCCUCAGCCGUGACCCGCCGUAUGGCAGCAGCCAACCGCCACGGCCAUACGGCGGAGACUAUGCGACGCCGGCAUCUCCCGUGAACCAGACGGCUCCUCCGUACCCGAGGUGGUUCGACUUUCGCCGUUCUCCAGAGCCUUGCCUCGCAGCCAGCGAGCGAUCAGAAAACGUUUCGAGCGCCGAGGCAUCCAGAGCUUAUGGGGCUGCCAACCAGCACUCGGGAUCGGGGAAGAGCGUUGUGCGCCCGCCGAGCAUGCCCAUGCAUUUCAACCAGCCUGCCAGGCCGCAACCAGCAAGGGAUGAAGCGAGGCCUCCCCCUAUCAAAGGAGGACUCAUGGGGAAGCUCAUCCCAGCAACCUACUCUCCCAACGGCAGGCAUCCUCGCAUAGCUCCACCGCCUCCACCAGUACCUUCUGUCGGUACUGGUGCUGCUCCCCCGCAAAUGCAACUGUUACAGCACUCACCCACGACGGGAUCGCGGCAGUCGAACCCGUCGUCUCCCCAGCAUCCACAGCAGCAGCAGCAGCAGCAGCAGCAGCACGGCAUCGACCGCUUCCCGCAGAUAAUACCGUAUCAGCAUGAGCAGCCGCAGCGCCGGCCGUCAAGACAGCAGUACUCUGCCAGUCCGCCGGUCGACUACACCUUUAGACAUGGCAAGCAGCCCAGGAUCGACAAGAGCAGAAGCGGCAGCAGCAGUAGCAGCAGCAGCAGCAGCGUAUCGCCCAGGCAGGAGAUGAAACAAAUGAGCAUCCACAACCUCCUCUCGAACAGCGGCGACCAGGACGACAACAGCAACAACACGGCCAGGGCGUCGACGGCCAGCCUGGCCUCGCCUAGGUCUAUUCUCUCAGCGGCCAUGCCGAGCCCUUCGCCGUCCUUCUCGACGUCCGAGUACCAGCUCUGCGUGAGGCAGCAGCCGGUGGCGGCUCGAUCGUGCGGGUUCGGCGAGCGCGACCGGCGCGUCAUCGACCCGCCGCCCAUCGUGCAGAUGACCAUCGACGACCCGACGGCCACGCCGAGCCAGAUGCAGCAGCGGCUGCGGCACCCGUUCAGCGUCGUGCACUGCUCCAUCUACAACGAGACGGGCGAGGAGGACAACUCGGCCAUGCCCGAGGACUACCGGCAGCAGCGGCGGCUGAUGGGGACGCUGGUGGCGUCGCCCUUUGUCGGCAAGGACGAGAACGGCGAGGAUGGCUGCUUCUUUUGCUUCCCGGACCUCAGCUGCCGCACCCCGGGCUCCUUUCGCCUCAAGUUCUCCCUCGUCGUCAUCAACCCCGCCGACAUGCGCCAAGGCCUGAGGACCCCCAUCGCCGCCACCGUCAUGAGCGACGUGCUGGUCGUCUACAACGCAAAGGACUUCCCCGGCAUGCAGGCCAGCACCCCGCUCACCAGAAAGCUCAAGGAGCAGGGCUGCCUGAUCAGCAUCAAGAAGGGGAACGAGAAGGGCGGCAGCGGCGGCGGCGGCGGUGGUGGUGGUAAUGGUGGCGCAAACGGGUCCAGGGAUCAGUACAGCGAUGACGAAUACGACGACGAUGGGGAUGGCGGUUGCGGCAGAACCGGCAAGAGAAAGAGGAUGCGCAGGAGUUGA